AUGCAAGAUGGCCGGCAACUAGUAGGGACGUUCAAAGCUUUCGAUCGUCAUAUGAAUAUAAUAUUGUGCGAUUGCGACGAGUUUCGCCAAAUCAAAAACAAGACAGCAAAGCAAGACAAGGAUCGCCAGGAAAAGCGGGCUCUAGGUCUUGCUCUUUUGCGAGGUGAACAUGUUGUUACUAUGAAUGUAAAUGUUCCCCCACCUCCUGAAGAUGCCGCCCGAGUUCCGCUCCCUACAGCAGGUGCUUGGUCAACUGGAGUUAAGCCAUUGACUGGUAUUGCUGUCGGGCGCGGCAUGCCCCUUGCGACCCCAGAAGCAGCUAUUGCCCCAGCUCCACCUGCUGGUUUAGGUGGGCCAGUUUGGGGAGUCGGAGCACCAGCACCGGGUCUGAUGCAGCCACGAGCGCUUCCUAGCAUGACACCUCCACCUCCUCCCCCUGCAGGCGCACCAACUGCGGCGUUCGGUCGUGGAAUGCCAACUGUCACCGCUGUACGAGGAUAUCCUCCUCCUCCACCUCCACCUCCUCCUGGAUACCAUUGA